CCCCGGGGAGGGAGCCCGGGGCGCAGCAUCCUGGCGCGAGCCUUGGCCCCCGCUACCAGUGCCGUCGGGGAAGGUCCCAGCGCGGACAUGGCGUUGUGCGGCGCCCGCUCGCGCCCGAGUCCCCCGCGCCUUGCGCAGUAGCUCCGCGAAGAGGCGGCCUCGACGGUGCACACAGUCGGGCGGGAGGCAUGGAGGCCGCGCACCUGCUCUCCGCCGCCGACGUGCUGCGCCACUUCUCUGUGACCGCCGAGGGCGGCCUGAGCCCGGCGCAGGUGACCAGCGCGCGGGAGCGCUACGGCCCCAACGAACUCCCAACCGAGGAAGGGAAGUCCCUGUGGGAGCUGGUGCUAGAGCAAUUCGAGGACCUCUUGGUGCGCAUCCUGCUGCUGGCUGCCGUGGUCUCCUUUGUCCUGGCCUGGUUCGAGGAGGGCGAGGAGACCACGACAGCCUUUGUGGAGCCCCUGGUCAUCAUGCUGAUUCUCGUGGCCAAUGCCGUCGUGGGCGUGUGGCAGGAACGCAAUGCUGAGAGUGCCAUCGAGGCCUUGAAGGAGUAUGAGCCCGAGAUGGGCAAGGUGACCCGCUCGGACCGAUUGGGCGUGCAGAGGAUCCGCGCCCGGGACAUCGUCCCUGGAGACAUCGUGGAAGUGGCUGUGGGAGACAAAGUGCCUGCUGACCUUCGUCUCAUCGAGAUCAAGUCCACUACUCUGAGAGUCGACCAGUCCAUCCUGACGGGUGAAUCCGUGUCUGUGACCAAGCACACAGAUGCCAUCCCAGAUCCCAGAGCUGUGAACCAGGACAAGAAGAACAUGUUAUUUUCUGGCACCAACAUCGCAUCAGGCAAGGCAGUGGGUGUGGCAGUGGCCACAGGCCUGAACACAGAGCUGGGGAAGAUUCGGAGCCAGAUGGCGGCUGUGGAGCCCGAGCGGACGCCGCUGCAGCAGAAGCUGGACGAGUUUGGGCGACAGCUUUCUCAUGCCAUCUCUGUGACCUGUGUGGCUGUGUGGGUUAUCAACAUUGGUCACUUUGCUGACCCGGCCCACGGCGGCUCCUGGCUCCGCGGCGCGGUGUACUACUUCAAGAUUGCUGUAGCCCUGGCCGUGGCCGCCAUCCCCGAGGGCCUCCCGGCCGUCAUCACUACAUGCCUGGCGCUGGGCACACGGCGCAUGGCACGCAAGAAUGCCAUUGUGCGGAGUCUGCCCUCUGUGGAGACCCUGGGCUGCACCUCAGUCAUCUGCUCUGACAAGACGGGCACACUCACCACCAAUCAGAUGUCUGUCUGCCGGAUGUUCAUUGUAGCCGAGGUGAAAGCGGGCGCCUGCCGUUUGCACGAGUUCACCAUCUCGGGCACCACAUACACUCCAGAGGGCGAAGUGCGGCAGGGAGAGCAGCUGGUGCAUUGCGGGCAGUUCGAUGGGCUGGUGGAGUUGGCGACUAUCUGUGCUCUGUGCAACGACUCAGCUCUGGACUACAACGAGGCCAAGGGUGUGUAUGAGAAGGUGGGAGAGGCCACGGAGACAGCCCUGACUUGCCUGGUGGAGAAGAUGAACGUGUUCAACACCGACCUCCAGGCCCUGUCCCGGGUGGAGCGAGCUGGUGCCUGCAACUCGGUCAUCAAGCAGCUGAUGCGGAAGGAGUUCACCCUGGAGUUCUCGCGAGACCGGAAGUCCAUGUCCGUGUACUGCACGCCUACCCGCCCUGGCCUGGGUGCCCAGGGCAGCAAGAUGUUUGUGAAGGGGGCUCCUGAGAGUGUGAUUGAGCGCUGUAGCUCAGUCCGCGUGGGGAACUGCACAGUACCCCUGAACACCACCUCCAGGGAGCAGAUUCUGGCCAAGAUCCGGGAUUGGGGCUCAGGCUCAGACACGCUGCGCUGCCUGGCACUGGCUACCCGGGAUGUGCCCCCGAAGAAGGAAGACAUGCAGCUGGACGACUGCAGCAAGUUUGUGCAGUAUGAGACGGACCUGACUUUCGUGGGCUGCGUGGGCAUGUUGGACCCUCCGAGGCCUGAGGUGGCUGCCUGCAUCGCACGCUGCCACCAGGCGGGCAUCCGUGUGGUCAUGAUCACAGGGGACAACAAAGGCACGGCCGUGGCUAUCUGCCGUCGGCUUGGCAUCUUCAAGGACACGGAGGAUGUGGCGGGCAAGGCCUACACGGGCCGUGAGUUCGAUGACCUCAGCCCCCAGCAGCAGCGCCACGCCUGCCUCACCGCGCGCUGCUUUGCCCGUGUGGAACCUGCACACAAGUCCCGAAUUGUGGAGAACCUACAAUCCUUUAAUGAGAUCACUGCCAUGACUGGAGACGGGGUGAACGAUGCUCCGGCCCUGAAGAAAGCAGAAAUUGGCAUUGCCAUGGGCUCCGGCACAGCCGUGGCCAAGUCAGCAGCAGAGAUGGUACUGUCAGAUGACAACUUUGCCUCCAUUGUGGCUGCGGUGGAGGAGGGCCGGGCCAUCUACAGCAACAUGAAGCAAUUCAUCCGCUACCUCAUCUCCUCCAAUGUCGGCGAAGUCGUGUGCAUCUUCCUCACGGCCAUUCUGGGCCUGCCAGAAGCCCUGAUCCCCGUGCAGCUGCUCUGGGUGAACCUGGUGACAGAUGGCCUACCUGCCACGGCCCUGGGCUUCAACCCGCCAGACCUGGACAUCAUGGAGAAGCUGCCUCGGAACCCUCGUGAGGCCCUCAUCAGUGGUUGGCUCUUUUUCCGAUAUCUGGCUAUUGGAGUGUACGUUGGCCUGGCCACAGUGGCUGCCGCCACCUGGUGGUUCCUGUACGACGCCGAGGGACCGCACAUCACCUUCUACCAGCUGAGGAACUUCCUGAAGUGCUCCGAGGACAACCCACUCUUUGCCGGCAUUGAUUGUGAGGUUUUCGAGUCACGCUUCCCCACGACCAUGGCCUUGUCUGUGCUGGUGACCAUCGAAAUGUGCAACGCCCUCAACAGUGUCUCGGAGAACCAGUCCCUGCUGCGGAUGCCGCCCUGGCUGAACCCCUGGCUGCUGGCGGCCGUGGCCAUGUCCAUGGCUCUGCACUUCUUCAUCCUGCUGGUGCCACCGCUGCCUCUCAUCUUCCAGGUGACUCCACUGAGCGGGCACCAGUGGGUGGUGGUGCUCCAGAUAUCUCUGCCUGUCAUCCUGCUUGAUGAGGCCCUCAAGUACCUAUCCCGGAACCACAUAGAUGAAGAAAAGGACCGCAAGUGAGUGCUGGGAACAGAGUGGAAUCUCCGGCGUGUGCCUCAGACUGACGGAGCCCAAGCAUUUGCCCCACUCCUCACCCUGCUACCACGCUCACCUGCUUGCUCAACCGGGCCCUACUGAGGUUGGAAUGGCCACCCUCAGGCCCGGUCCCGAGGUCUCUGUCCCCACUUCCAUCUGUCUAGGGGCUCUGUACUUCAUGUCUCUGGGACUCUCGUGGGAAAUUCAUGUCUGAAGCUCUGGUCUGGGAGGGGCCUGCCCAGAAGCCAGAGUUGGCAGCCCAUCUAGAGAUGCAGAGCCCGAUGCCCUCAAACCCAUGAGCACACUCUGGAGCCUGCUCCCACUUAAUUGCAGGCCGGGUAUUUCCUUGGUAACCAGUGCUUCCUUACGGACGGAAGUCUCUUGGAGACCGCACUCUCCAGCUCUGAUCUCUUGCUUAGAGCCUGGUCUGGAGCCUGGUCAGCUGGAAGUGGAAGGGGUGACAUCUGGGCCCAGUUGUGCACAGCAAGGGCAGGCAGUCCCCCCUCUCCCCCCCUCCCACCCUUAUUUCCACAAAGUUGGCUCAUGAGUGCUUGAGCCUCUUUCUGUUUAUGUGUGCAGGGAGUUGAAGGGUCAGGGAGAGGGACACAGGAGUGGGGGAAGGGGCCGGGCAAGGACCCCCUUUCCCUGCCCGCCUGCCUCUGCUUGGCUCACUCCUGGACUGUUUCUGUCCUAAGCAAACGAGACAGAUAAGCCCCCUCAGUGCUGCCUGGUAUGCCAGGCAGAGGAGCCAGAUUUGCCCUCCGUGUGCCUGGCGCCUGGAACCCUAGACAUCCUUGGGUCCCUGACCACUGUGCCCUCCCACCUGAACCCCAUGCUCAGUCAUCCUGAGGUCUGCCCAGCUGAGUCAUUCUGAGUCCCUGGACUCUUGGCCUCAUUCUUUGCCCCCAAACCCACACACCCAUGAGCUGAAAGGAUGUCACCCAGCAUGGCUAGUUACACAAGCGCAUUUCCUCUCCCUCCCUCCUUGCUGGAGGAACGUGUGUCCAUUUGGGUCAUGUGAGAUGAUAGGAAAAGAGCGUUUGAUGGACAGAAAUGUUCUCUUAACUCGGCUUUUGCCCCUUUGGCAAAAAUUAGUUGUAGAAGAAAGCAGUGAGUAAAUGACUGUGUCCUCACCCUUCCUACAGAUCGUACAAAGCAAGUAUUUUAUAUGUAAAUCAAGACUCACACCCCUGCCCUGGUCCCCAGAAUCGAAGCCCCUCAGCCUGCUUUGCAGAUACAUGGGCUCCAGGUUCUGUGGCCCCCCUCCCCGACCCCUGCUCCCUCUUCUGGCUUGCAGGUUCUGGAGGGGCUGUGAGAGAAGCGGAGUUGGGUGGGGUUCCCCUGGUGCCUGCAGACAUUUUCUGCUUUCCUGCUGGGGAAAGGGAGGUCUUAGCAGGAGGGGGUGGGGGCAGGACCCUGUACCCACCUGUUGACAUGCAGUUUGGUAAAGAAAUAAAGUUUCUGGGUGCCUGGGGCACUGGAGGACCA